CCGCAUGUUAGAUGAAUGGGUUACAAAACGGAGCAUUGCUCCCUCAAAAAGCACCGCACAUCUACCGACAUUCCCGUCAACCUGACCGUAUUUUUUUCAGAGUAUCCGAAUGCCCACUAUGACAAACCUUCUCCGGCUAUUUCGUGACAUACUUUCUAAACCUCGCGAUAAUAAUGACAGGGACACAGCUCUCCAUGAUAACCUCUCAAAGGUAGAGAAUUCUAGUCAGGAUCGGACGUUCACACAUGGCUAUGCUCGCGCCUCGUAUUUUGACAAAAGACUCGAAGAAUUGCGGGAAGAGAUCAAUCGUUUGAAAAAAAUUGAAAAGGAGCUGGCAAGCGAAUAUGGGAUGAACCGAAUCGAGUGCCUUAUCGAUGGCACGCACACACUAGAAUUCUGUAGCAAAACCUACCAUCCAUCUCGUGCCAAACAUUCUCAUGACACUAUACAGAAAGAUGAAAAUAUAAUCAUCUACUUCGCUGGCCACGGCGCAGCUUAUCGUGCUGAAGGGAUCAAUGACGGUAUGCUGAUCGCCGACAUCAGCGAUCGCCAGAUCAACACCAUCCUCACCCAGAUAUCCCAUGCCAAAGGACGUAGAAUUACCCUCAUCCUGGAUUGUUGCCAUGCAGGCAGCGUCACCAGAGCUCCCCCAGGUGGAAGAGUACGCGCUUCCAGGCCUCUUCAGGACAGUGACGUGUCGCUGCAAGACAUGCUUGUUGCUGCAGAUGCGGAAUUGAUGUCGAAACACUUCCCUGGUUACCGAUCUAUCUUGUCGAAGGAAUGGUUCCCAGAUAUGGAUUCCCAUGUAGCUCUGGCUGCCUGUGAGGCAUUCCAGAUAGCAAUAGAGGUAAAGGGGCAGGGGAAGGAAACUGGUGGCUAUUUCACGACGCAUCUUCUCGCUGCUUUGAGAUCCGGCUGUUUGACAAGGGAGACGACCUAUCGCGGCCUACUCGAAUUCAUUCCCGUCUCUGACAGGCAGACACCGGUUGUUGCUGGGACACAAAUGGAUGCACUUCUCUGGUUUCAGUAGUGAUGGAGACGUUGUUUUGCUAAGUGCUAUGUAAUACCCAACUGUACUAUUUCACUUUGAAUUUUUCGAAUAGGACCGA